UAAUUUUUUAGUCAUUCCUCCAAAAUUCGCGCAGUAAGCAAGAUGACCACUAAUACGGUAAUUUUUUUAGUAACAAUUGUUUUAAUAGAAGUGUUCUCUGAAACUAUGAGUGAACAUCAUUAUUUAAAUAAGAGAGCAUUAAUGACCGCAAAUAGUAAAUAUACAUUUAGAAAAUUAGAGUGUAGAAAUGAUAAUGAUUGCACUAGAGUUUCAAAAACUUCCUGUGGAGAAGAUCCUUCAGAUCAUCGUAAACGAUGCCUGUGCGCCGAUCAAACACAUCCAAUAAAUAAUAAUUGCAUAAUAAAACCACAAGGUAUAGGAGAACCAUGUGAGCUUGAUGUACACUGUAUUCGGCUAGCUAGUUGUCAAAAGAAUGAAAGUGUGCCAGAGACUAAAAUUUGUCAGUGCAGGGAUGAGUAUGCAGAAGAAGAUGGUACUUGUAGCAGUGGUGACAAUGCUACAACAUCGGUAUACUUUACUUUAAUAUUUUUAGCUUUGUUGUACAAUAACUACCAUGGAAUAGGAUAUUAAGUUUUUUAAACAAUCAAAACCAAUAGCAAUAGAAAUAAUAAUGAAUAACUGUAUUAAAAAAUAAUUAUACAUUUUUCUUGUAAAGAAU